AGAGCUGAAGGAGCUCAGGGGCAGAAGGAUGAGGAGAGAGAGGCUGGGGGAGAGGAAACAGGUUGGAAAAGGCAACAAACCAGCUUAGGUUAGGUUGAUUUUCAAAACUAUUGGGAUGUAUUUUAUUCUUUUAGAGUAAAUGAAGGGAUUUCACUCUGCUGAAAUUCAUCAUUUAUAACUUUAAAAAGGGGCACAGGUAAUUUUCACCUGUGAUCUCUGCUGUGGUUGAUUUCAAAUACUGCGCACAUAUAUCUUAAUCAUGAAAAGUGUUAGCAGAGACAUUAAAUUUUAAAUUAAAAGGAAACCAAAGGAAAAUAGAAGAUCAAAGAAGACUUAAUCCUAAUAACACAGGGACAGUAAAUUGUAGACCGAUGGUGGACCUUGAGAAAGGCCCCCACCCAAACUUCUCCCUUUGAAGUGACCAUCCCAGCUGCGGGAAGGUAAGUAUCAAGUACUCUUGUAUUUUCAGAGGGGAUGACAGGCUCAGAUACCUCACAACUAAACCUUAAACACUACAUCACAAUAGCAGCAGCAAUAUAGAUGUAUACAUUAUGCCUGAAGGACAUCUAGGUGAGUAUCCCUUGCUUGGCUGGGAAGAAUAUUUAUCUUGUGUUCCGUCUGCAACUCACUGUGCUAAAACUCUUUCAGGUUGCGGUGACGGAGUUGUCAGAAGAGGCCCUAUUCUGCGUCACCACAAUGAGGCUCAGCUGCAGAUAGGAGAGCACUUCUUUUAUUCCAGCUACACUUUCCUUCCGGUUCCCCAGAGUUCUCUGUACCUGAAGUGAGAGUCACCUGCAUUUGGACUGUGCUGCUUCAGGUAAGUUCACAUUCCACCACUCAGUGGUCUUUUUUAAGGGCGAUGUUGUUUUUUUGUAUUGAUCUCUACUUUUUCCCAUUUUCUUUUCUCAUGUUCUCUUCACAGGUCUCUUCAAAGAGCAUUACUCAUCUUAAGGUUUUUUUUUCCUGAGAGAACAUUCGCAGAAUGUUCUGGUGGUCGGCGCUCCUGGUUCCCAGGAUGGGGUUCAAGUCCCUACGGUGUCCUCGCUAACUUCCAAUGCAACUAUCAUGCCCCUCUAUUUUUCCCUAUAUCCCUCACUUCCCAAAGUAUUAGCAUGGGAAGGUUUUUGGGUAGUGAUUUCAGUGAAUAAGCUUGGUUCUGAACUCCGCCAAGGCAUCUAAGGACCUCUUCAAGCAACCUUUGCACUGUUCCUGCUGCUCCAACGAUGCUCCAAUGAUCCAUCAACGGCAUCUGUCUCAAUAGGCUGGAUCGUAUGGGUGCUUCCUAUCCUAUCAUCCCAGGUAUGUAUGUAUGUAUUUCUGAAUGUAUUUAAUUUCCAUACCGCUUUAUAUUUUUCUCACAGCGGUUUACAGAAUAUUGAAACAUCAAUAAAACAAUCUGAAGUCAAAUAUAGAGUAUAUUCUGUCAGAUUUUAAAAAUGAGAUGCUGACACUAAUGCAAAAGCAGAAGGAAAAAGUUGUAGCGGAAUUGGGGAAGAACACAAAAAUGGUCACAGAAAUAUCUAGCAAAUUAGAAGCUUUGGACAUUCCUGUGAACAACCUGGAGGCCAAAUCCCAAAAAAUUGAAAAAGAGAACGAAUAAAUUAGAGGGGAACAAGAGAUAAUAAGGGGUGGGGAUAUGAUAGGUUUAGCUGGCAGACAGGAUCAAAUUGAGGGUUGUCUCGCAGUCUUAGAGAUGAGACAAAAAUCUAAUGUGAUGCGAAUAAGAGGCCUUCCAGAGGCAGAGGAGGAACAAGUUCUUAAAACAUACAAGCCUAGACAAUUGUGGAUUGAAUGGGAGAGGAACAGGAGUAUGUUGAAGGAUCUAUUGACAGUUGCUACAGGGUCCAGUCUAAAUCAGCUAAGGCUUAGAAACAGCCUGGAGACUGUUUGGUAACUUUAAACUCUAAGAAACUGAAGGACGCUAUAGUCCAGAACAAUUAUGAAAACAGAUUCCAGGUUGAUGGAAAUUCUGUGUUUAGAGAUAUACCUCCUCGUUUGCUUCAAAAAUGCCAGAGGUACUGGUUCCUGACAAACGUCUUGAUUAGAGUCAAUAUUAAAUUUAGAUGGGAAUUUCCAGAAGGAAUUUCCUUUACAUACAAGGAAAAAAGAUAUAGAUUGGUAAAUGAAGAGCAGGUGCAGGAAUUCUGGCUAAGACAUAGCAGAGAUUUGGGCAACCCAUACACUCCACAGUACCUGCUGGGAGCAGUAGGAGGGGCAGGGGAAGGAGCAACAGCGGGGGAGGUAGAUAAUUUAGAUAACCAAGACAACAAAAACUUUAGACAAGACUUUAGGGGAAAAGACACAAGCAGACAUAAUGGCAGACUUAAAGGUACUGAGCUGGAACGUAAAUGGUCUAAACCAGCGGUUCUCAACCUGUGGGUCCCCAGGUGUUGUUGGACUACAACUCCCAUCAUCCCUGAGCUCUGGUCUUGCUAGCUAGGGGUGAUGGGAGUUGUAGUUCAACAACAUCUGGGGAAACACAGGUUGAGAAAGGCUGGUCCAAACAGAAAAGUAUAGAGGAAUAAUGUCAUGAAUAUACAGGCUCCCAGGGAAGAAGUACAGGCAGAGGGAGAAGGCAGACAGCAAGACUAGAUGAGUACAAUCAGGAGUCCUCUCCCUAACCCUCAGGAAUGUCGACUGGAAGCAACCCUGAUGGCAGACAAGCAGUGGAGCUCAAAUUACAGAGAAGUAGCAGCCACACCUUAGAGAGCAGGAAUGAACAUGGAAGCUCCGUGUCUUGGAAUGAGGAAGGGGAGGGGGCUGACCCCCUUAGUCCCCGCUCUCAUCAAAUAGGCGGCCUUCAGGACAGAUCACGUCACAAGAGGAGGCUGGGCUGCUUUUGGUUCCACUGGAAGAAGCCUCAUCAGUAGGAACAUCUUCACUGAUGGACGGAGGGCAGCGUUCACCGCUCCAUGAACUUUGUUGGGGAUUUUUUUUUGCAAUAAAUGUUCUUUCUAACUAACCAU